CCCCACUGCUUCCGCCCCGUUUUACGACGGCCGGUCGCGCUUUACGGCCGGCCCGGGUGCCGUACGGCGAGGCGGUGCCUUCCGCCAGCUCGGCCCGGUGCCGCCAUGGCCAGCACCAUGGUGGCGGUGGGGCUGACCAUCGCGGCCGCUGGAUUUGCAGGUCGCUACGCAGUGAGAGCCAUGAAGCAAAUGGAGCCACAAGUAAAACAAGCACUGCAGAAUCUACCAAAAUCUGCCUUCAGUGGUUACUACAGAGGUGGAUUUGAGCCCAAAAUGACUAAACGAGAAGCAGCUUUAAUACUAGGAGUGAGCCCUACAGCCAACAGGAGUAAAAUUAGAGAAGCUCACAGACGCAUCAUGCUUCUGAACCAUCCAGAUAAAGGCGGUUCUCCCUACGUAGCGGCCAAAAUCAACGAGGCUAAAGAUUUGCUGGAAGACCAAGCUAAAAAAUGAACGAGAAAAUCAGAGGGUUUGUCCACACAAAUGAUUGUUUUUUUUUCAUAAAUGGCUUAAGAAAAGUUCUAAUGUUGGUCUUUGACUAAAUAUAAAUGAAGCUGGAACUGCGGAUCCAGGGAGGUGCUUCCCUCCUCACGUCUUAGUUGCUUUUUGGGGAAAUACGUGAGGGAAUGAGGCUUUGAGUUUGUCGUGUGUUUUUUUUCUCCAAGCUGUUCUUCAUUAAGCAGCAAAAUCUGCCACUUCAAACUAUUUCCAGUGCAGAAAGGGUGGAUGUGGGAGAUGCAUGUUACCAGAUACAGGUUGACUUAACGCUGUUACCUGACUUUUUGUUGAAGUAGCUGCGUUUGAAGCUUGUGCUGCUGUUCCUUCAGGUGCCAAAGCCAUGAACGUGUCAGGGGAGGGGGUGGGAAAGGCAAAAAGGACUUAUUUGAGGGGAAGAACUGGGGGGGGUUCUGUGGUUGUCUCUGACUGAAGAAAUAAAGAAUAGGAAACGAAGUGCUCAGUUGUCUUUGCCUUGUGAGAAACAAGGUUGGUAGCUUUCAAUUUUCAAUGGAUUUUAUAGCAUUUAAUAAAUUCCAAAUUUGUGAUGCCA